AUGAAUGCUGUGGAAACAUCGAAAAAUGUUGCCAUUCAAGGAGGUACUGUUGGCUUAGGUGCUGCUGUUGUUGCUACUCAGAUUGGUCUGGCUCUAUCAGCAGGAGGAGCAAACUUGAUCUUAAACACCAUCGGUGGGGCUCAAAAUGCCGGCCAACGUCUUCUCGCUUCUGUGCGCGAAGCUGAGAAGAUGAUGGAAGAGAAGAUUUGGGGUGCCAUUGCUGAAGGACAACGUGUUGCUCAGAUUCCUGUCGAUAAGCUCGCCGAAAGCACAAAUGCCUUUCUGGAUGUGAUCAGUGUGCUCGUUGAACGAUCUCUUGGAGUUACUGUUGAAGAAGUUCCUGAAAGUUCAGUCAAAGAUAGAGUUUCAAGAUUGGCGCGUAAGAUCGUAGAAGCCCUUAGCAACAAGGUAUUUCUACUCGUUUUGUACCGAUUGAACACUGUUUCGCAUGUGGUUGUUCAGGCUCAUACCCAUGUGAUUGAUCCCGUCAAUGUCCAGCUUCACACACUUCUCGAACAGCUUCGCAAAAGUUUCAUUUUGGCAGAUUUAGUUCGUGAGAAACGCGAAUGGGCCUUGGAGAAAGUUGGAGAAUUGUCUGCUUCUGUUUCUGAUGUAAAGACUCGCAUCGAAAAUGAAGCCAAGCUGUACAAGGCUAAGCCAGAAGAGCUUCUAAUGAAGAGCAUACGGAACACAUCCAUUCAGCUUAGGAAUAACUUGCAGCAGUUGAAGAACAAUGGACAAAAA